UCUUCGCCGCCAGCCUAUCAUGCACCGUUCUGCGAUAUUUAUACAGAGAGAUCUUGGCGAGCUUCCUCCUCACCCGGUCACCCCCACACCAGAGAAGCAGUGCAGUGCAGCUAGCCUACCAGCUACCACUACCAGUACCAAUCUCGACUCAACGGUAGCUCACCAUGGAGACGUCUCCUUCCCCUAAGAAGAAGCAGGUGCUGCUGCCGAUAGUCGCCGGCACGGAGCCGAUCGAGGCGUCCAUCCCCAUCGACAUCCUCCGCCGCGCCGGCGCCGACGUCACCGUCGCUUCCGCAGGCGACGCCCUUCUGGUCGAGAUCAUGUACGGCGUCAAAAUAAUGGCCGACGAGCUCCUGGCUGACUGCGCCGCCGCUUCCUACGACCUCAUCGUCCUCCCCGGUGGUGUUCCUGGCGCUGUGAAUCUCGGUGGCUCUGCGACGUUGGAGAGCAUAGUGAGGAAGCACGCAGAGAAGGGAGGACUCUACGCUGCCAUAUGCGCUGCACCGCCGCUGGCGUUGGCGUCCUGGGGCCUACUCAAUGGACAUAAGGCUACGGGUCAUCCAUGGUUCGUCGAGAAGUUCCCUCCCGAGGUUACCGCCGUGGACACGAACGUGGUGGUGGACGGCAACGCCGUGACGGGCACUGGGCCGGCGACGUCGAUGGAGUUUGCGCUGGCUUUGGUGGAACAGCUCUACGGGAAGGAGAAGGUCGAGCAGAUCGCUAAACCAAUGCUAGUGAGAUACGAAUGUGGCUAUAGCAUGAAAGAAGUCAACUCGGUCGAGUGGCACUGCAGCGGCACACCCAAGGUUCUUCUUCCACUAGCCAACGGCAUUGAGGAGAUGGAGGCGAUAAUACUCGUGGACGCGCUGCGCAGAGCCAAAGCAGACGUCGUGGUCGCGUCCAUCGAGGACGGCGUCGAGAUCACCGCGCGAUACGGGACGAGGAUCGUGGCCGACGUGAUUCUGGGCGAGGCCGCCGAUCGGGCGCUCUUCGAUCUGAUCAUCGUGCCGGGCGGCAUGCCGGGCGCGAAGACGCUGGGCGGCUGUGAGCAGCUCGUCGCUCUGCUGAAGAAGCAGGCGGAAGCGAACAGGCCAUACGGCGCGAUCGGCGCCGCCACCGCCCACGUGCUCGAGCCCCGUGGCCUGCUCAAGGGUAGGAAGGCGACGACGUGCGCAUCCAUGGCCGGGCUGCUCACGGACGGUAGCGAGUGCGAGAACAGGGUGGUGGUCGACGGGAACGUGAUCACGAGCAGGAGCCCCGGCACCGCCAUGGAGUACGCGGUGGCCGUCGUCGAGAAGAUGCUGGGCCGCGACGAGGCGCGGCGACUGGCGGAAGGCCUGCUCUUCUUGGGCUGACCCCCCGUGUGCUGGAGCUUGAGAAGCUGUUGUUGAGCUGGCUCGUCGGAUCAUCCGACAAUAACAGCCGACAACAGUGGUGAUCAUCAUCAAUAAAAGUCCCGUUCAUUCGUACUGUUCCCUGUCGCUUUUACAUUUAACAUGUCAUCACUACUGUAGGCUCCACUGAGAGCGACUCCGGACAUGGAGGAGACUACGCCACACCGGUAUUGUAGGGAGAAUAUCACCGGGUUUAGCCUGCUCCCAUGAUACGGGUUCCGACAGCCGGUGGAUCUCGGAAGCCGUUGGAUCUGGUGCAUCAAAUUACUCAUAAUUGUUCA